UUUAAUGAUGGCAGCAUUUCAUGGUUAUGAUUCACUAAUUGUUAUGUUAUUAUCAUCCAAUGCUGAUGGUAAUCUGAAGACUAAGGAUGGAUGGACAGCAUUGCAUUAUGCUGCUUUCUACAAUCACUCCAAAGUUGUUCGUGUUCUGUUAGAGAAUGGAUGUGAUAUGAACAUAAUAAACAAUAGCGGAGAAACAGCACUGCAAUUAGCUGUCAGACUGAAACGGAAAGAUGCUGCAGAUGCAAUCAAGGCAUUCACUGUGAGUUCCCCAACUGCAUCUUCAGCAUCAGUUGUACCUAACAGCAGUAAGUCAUAAUGCAAACAAUGAUAUAGAGUUUACAGUGUCCUCCCACUAGAGCUUGACACGCAGG